ACGUACGCGUGAUGGAUGAAGACAACUGCAGAUGUCAUUAACAUGAACAAUACCAUGUAAACCACAUUGUCUAGAUUACAUUUACAUCGAACAUGUGUAGGAGUUGCUCUAUACAAGAGCUGUUUAAGACAAAGUUUCGGACAUAAUUCUAUUGUUUUACGAGUAAUAAAUUGGAUAAUGCUUCUCGCAAAGAUCUUGAUUUAAAAAAUAAAAUUGAAGAUCAUUAUACAUCAGCGGCGAUAUCUCUAAUGAAACUGGUACUUCUGUUGCUCCCUCCGCUCGAAAGUCGCAACUAGAAUCUGCUAGUAUAUCACAACCACCAUGUGGAUACUUGUAUUCCUUGUUCUGUAUCUGUCUUCUGGGUUCGCUAAAAUAACAGAAAUACCGUUGCCGACAGAUGUACAUUUGUGCUUUGAACAAGAGCUCUCACAAUCUAACGUCACAAAUGUAAUAGGAGAGGUGAUAUUUUCGAGAUGUGUACACAAGGUCCUAUGGGUAAAACAAACGCCACAAUUGAAAAAGCGUCCUUUAGGAACAGACGCUGAAAACUGGAUCACAAGUCUUGUAGAGAGAAGUCACAUUAUGGAUUUUCCGUCCGGUAAUAGUCACCCAGACGCUUACAGGCCGCGUCCACGGCGUCAGGCCAGCAGAGCUCAAACAGGAAGUAGAUUACAACUAGAACGCGGCCAGACAGGAAGACGUCGACAGACGUUGCGUCGCCAGCCGCGUGUCCGAAAAGAAUAUCGGAUGCUGACGGAAAGAGAAAGAUUUAUGUUUCACAGGGCAAUAAAUAUGCUCAAAGCAGAUACAUCUGUAGCACCUAACAAGUAUGACGCUCUUGCACAGCUGCACUACAUGUCGGUCGGUCGGGCUCACUACGGUCCAAACUUCCUACCGUGGCACAGACUCUUUCUUGUGGUGAUGGAAAACGCUCUGAGGGAGAAAAUUCCUUCUGUGACUAUACCGUAUUGGGAUAGUACUCUGGAUGAUCCUUUACGUGACCCUAGAUCGUCAAUCCUUUGGACGCCAGAAUUCUUAGGACGUGCAAACGGAUAUGUCAUUGACGGUCCGUUUGCCAACUGGGACACUCCGACUGGCCAGUUAGUUCGGUACUUUGGUAGCGGCGGCACUAUGAUGAACUGGACGUAUAUUUAUAAUGCGUUUAGGCAGAGUCAUUUAGAAAAUAUUUCGGAUCCGUAUGCUAGACCCGAAAACAACAUAGAAGAUCAUCAUAACCAGGUACAUGCCUGGGUGGGCGGUCACAUGGCACCGCCAGCACUAGCUGCCUUCGACCCAGUGUUCUAUCUUUUACAUUCAUACAUUGAUUUACUGUGGGAAAUCUUCAGAGGACUUCAGGAACGGCGCGGAAUUGAUCCAACAACGGAUUAUCCGAGGAAUGUUACAGAGAUUCCAGACGGGCAAAGAUACGAUGACCCAUCCGGAUUUGGCACUUUGUUAAACAGACAUGGUUUAAGCAAUGUUUUUACGAAAAAUAUAUACAAAUACGACCGUCCCCCGUCGUGUACCGUUCAAAAUCAAGAUUGUGGUACGACAAACUUGCGUUGUGACACCUCCGGCUCGCGGCCGAAAUGUGUUUCUGCGUCUGUUUUUGAUAUACGGACAUUAUUGCUGCCAAAUGGACUUCCGAUGGAAGGGGGCUCGGGGAUUAGGGAGUUAAGAAGCCCUGGAUCAAAGGAAAGAAAGAAGCAAGCAAAAUUGUUCGAGAUGAUAGAAAGUGUAUCCAAUGUACAAUGCCAAGCGAAAAACGUAAAUGAAAAAUACGUGAAUAAUUUUGGCAUAGAUGGAGUGAUGGAUAAACAAAAAUGGGCUUACAUACCUGUGCAAGUUGUUUAUAAAAAUCAUAUAUUAAGUCGUCAAGCGCCAGAUUCAGAUGCGGUUUACGAUAUUUGUAAGCGAAAUACAACUUCUAGUAACUUACCAUCAAGAAUAUUUGUUGAAUCGAAUGGUCUUAAUUACAACGGCAUGUACAAAGAGAUUUCACAUUUUAAAAAUGACUUGAUGACCGCAUCAUUGAUUACGUACAUAGGUGUUAAGAAGCCAACGACAGAUGCGUUCACUGAUGUGCUGGUUAGCGGCUACGACGAGUGCGGUCGUAUUUGUCAGCCAUAUUGUCUUGAUGAAACACGCACCAGACACCGAAGAUGUAACGGCGGUAUUCGGAUAUCCAAUGAUGUUCCAUUGUUGUACGGAAGUGACGUCAAAUCUGCCGAAAACUCGGUUUGGCAGGAAGACCAAUACGGACUUCCAUACAUCGUUGAAAAUGAAAUAUUUAUGAACAUACUUUGUGAGACUACUAAAUCAUUUUGGCCUUGGUAAAUGUUUGCUGUGUGGUCUCUUUAAACUAUUUAUUUCUCAUACUUUCAAAUAAAAGUAUGUUUUA